AUGUCUAUGGCUAUUGCACCAGUGCCCACAAAGGGAAAUGGUAUUCCACUCGGCAUGUUGCUUCUGCUCAACAGAGCCUUGAAGAAAACCAUCUUGUCCCCCAAAUUCUACCAGGAGCUUAACGACAAGGUGUUGACCAAAGCAUCCACCAUCGAUUCCGUCUUAUACUUCACCUGCUAUUUCGCUUUGCUUGUGUCCAGUAUUCUCAAUAACAAAACCUCCAUCCGACGCUCUUUACAAGACCAGCGACUCAAGCUCGUCAAGCUCGUGGAGACCAGAUUUGGCGUGAGCCUUGCCCUGUCUCCAAACAAAUGGCUCAACCGGUUGGCAGUAGAGCAUCAACUUGUGGAGAAACCUUCAACACUCGGCAAAAUUUUGAAGAACAUCAACACGUACGUGGCUGACGUGCGUAUCUUCAACCGCUUGGGCGACUGUAUAAAGUACGUGCCAUGGAUAGCGGGAGAGUUUAAUGCGUUUUUGUUACCCUCCAGUGAUACUCCCAAAUUCACCCGCUUCAUCAACUUAUUGCAGUCGUUGAACUGCUUUGUGUUGGAGUUGCUUGAGAAUGCCGGGUGGUUGACGGAGCACGACUGGGUGGCCACUGGCGACAACAAUUGGUGGUGUAUUUUCACGUAUAUUUGGUGUUGUCGAGUGUGGGGGGUGUACAUUUUGGUGGAGAUCAUGGAGUUGUUGAGGAGAACUCCCGUCAAGGACUGGAACCGAUCGUGGAAAAUCAGCAUGUUCAAGCAGGUGAUCCAGAUGCCGUUGGUGUUACACUGGAGUUUGUACGACGGGUGCUUGACACCUUUCUGGGUUGGGGUUUGUGGAUGUGGAGCGUCGUGGUGGGGGUUCCGCGACGUGAUGGCCUCGUUACAACUCUAG